AUGUUCUUUUGUCUCAAUUUUAGAGGGCUAGUAGAGGAUUGGUGCUUUGGAGCGAGAGGGUGUUGUCUCGCAGGUUUACAGUUCUCAUUUGGCCCGUCGGUGUUUGCUCUUCUCUUAGUUGCACCAAAGGAAAGGAAGUCUGACAAAAUGAACCGUGCAAGAAGAGGAGGGAGAUUAUUUCUCCUCUGGUUAUGCGCAGUGGUUUGUCUCAUGGCUCGGCCGGGAGCUUGCAGUGUGGUGCUGAUGGCGAAUAACACGACCCUGUCGUUCAGCGACGUCGAGGCAACAUUUACUCCAGAAGUGAAAGGUUCAGGUUUAAACGGUGUAAUUUACACCGUCGAACCUCUUGAUGCUUGCAGCCCUCUGAUAAAGAAAGCAGUCGAAGGUCCUGCAUCACCAUUUGCAUUGAUUUUAAGAGGCGGCUGCCAAUUUGAUGAUAAAGUUAGAAAUGCUCAGGAUGCCGGAUUCAAGGCUGUGAUAGUAUAUGAUAACAAAGACCUCGGUGUCCUUGUUUCAAUGGCUGGAAGCUCAUCCGGUAUCGACAUAUAUGCUGUCUUCAUCUCUAAGACGUCAGGAGAGGUGUUGAAACAAUAUUCAGGUCAAAGUGAUGCUCAGGUGUGGAUAAUAUCAACGCGUGAUAACUCAGCUUUGUCAAUCAUGGCAAUAUCUUUCACAGCACUGCUUGCUAUGUCUGCUGUUCUUGCCACUUGUUUCUUUGUGAGAAGACACCAGAUGAGAAGGGACAGGGCUCGAAUACCUGCAGCACGAGAAUUUCAUGGAAUGAGCAGUCAGUUAGUCAAGGCAAUGCCGAGUCUUAUUUUUACAAAAGUCCAGGAAGACAAUUGUACUUCGUCAACAUGUGCCAUUUGCUUGGAAGACUACAGUGUUGGUGAAAAGAUAAGGGUGCUGCCUUGUCGUCACAAGUUCCAUGCUGCUUGCGUGGACCUGUGGCUCACAUCACGGAGGACAUUCUGCCCUGUAUGCAAGCGAGAUGCAAAUGCUGGAAUGUCAAAUUUCCCUCCAUCAGAGUCUACCCCUUUGCUUUCUUCUGCUAUUCCCUUGCCAGCUGAAUCGACAGCUUUGUCUUCUUUUCGUUCAAUGGUAGCAGCAUCUCCUCCAAGGACAAUAAGCCGGCAUCCUUCAUGGCAGUCCAUGUCCCGCACUAACUCCAAUUCCAGUAUCCUCCACAUCCGUAACCCAUGCAGAUGUUGUUCCAACUCACCUGCUAUCAGUACAAGUAGGAGCAGUGUAGACCUUGCAAACAUGUCAUCGCCAUGGUCUAACACUCUGAACCUUGCAUCCGGGCACUCCCUGGGCGGAGGGCAUUUUUCUCCGCCGAUCAGCAUCAGAUACUCAUCACCACAAGUCUCCCCUUUCGGUUACAGAUUUUCUGGACAAUUUGUAGGUUCACCCCACAUCCCCCGUUCCGAGAACGGAUCUCCAAGCUAUUAUCCUGGCUCUUCAGGGCAGCAGUACCCUUACCUGAGGCAUCGCACGGAGUCAGGGCCGAGCUUAUUUACCAUGGUGCCCCAGUCACCGCAACAGACCCAGCUGCAGGAUGGUGGCGACUCGGCGACGAGUCUAUCAGCUUCAGCAUCAACCCAGUCGCUCCGUCAGGCCUACCUGCAGCAUUGCCCCGAUUCUGAUGUGAGCUUAUCUACUGCGACGUCAGCCCAGUCGCUGCCAGGGUGCUGA